CUUGCUGGUCUUUCCAUCCUUGCUUCAACAGUCUCAGGUCAGCCACUGCAUGCACACAAACGGGCAGGCGGGAAUGAUCUGAGGUACAUAAGGCUGUUGCUUGCGUUCGUGAUCUCUAAUGCGGCCGCAGCGCUUUGCCAGCUAGCCAAUGGUACGAUUAUCUACGUUCAUUCGGUCUCGAACAGAAUGACUAGUGACCGACUUUAUCAAAGCAUGUUACUUGCUUGUAUAUCGACUCAACUUUUAUGCCCUCUCGUCUUCUGCUUGGGCCGAGUGGCGUCUCUCCGAAGGGGAUCGAUAAGAGCAGCUAACUCGGAUAACGAUGUGGACGACGAGAGCAACAUUGGGCUGAAUAUCCGUUGAGAACAAAUCAAGGCCAACACCUCUAAGAGGUCUAAAUUUAUUACGUUCUCGAUUGAACUUCUGGAUUGGUAAAUACUGUAUGACAUGAAUUCCUAUGUAUUCCAUGCCACUGGCAGUGGGGCUUGUAGUUUAAUCUCUGAGGUUUCUGUUAA